AUGUCGCGCCACCGUUGGUCUUUACCCGAUUUCGCCACCUUCUUUUUAGACAAAUGUGACAGCCUCAGGACGAAGACCACUGGUGACAUUUGUAUUGGAGGUCUCAUUACCCUCAUUGGUUUGGGUAUGGGCCUUCAAUUUCCAGCAUCUGAAUAUCUAAACCAUGUCAAGGACCCAGUUUACAUCUUACCCAAUCCAAGUAUCUCCACCUUCACCACCAAUGACCCCGAAACAUGGUUUUUGCCUCAAGACUUGCCAGACGAUGAUGACGCAGCCGCGGAUGAUGACAUGCAGGUGGAUCCUGACAAUGCUGAUAGCCCAUUCGAGGCCGAAGACCAUUAUGAUCUCCCAAUCCGCCAGCUACCUCCACCUCAUCCAGAUCAAGCCUCUGGGUCACACUUUCAGCCCUCGCGAGAACACUCCCAGCCACAACAUGACUACCACUCAUACCAGCAACCCAAUGAGCCCGACCCUGCACACGAAUUUCCUCUCGAUAUUUAUAGUCAGCUUGCUUCCUUGCGCCUCCAGGGCAAUACAAACACCGCAGCCAUCCAUCGCAUAGAGGAACAAAAAGCACGCACCCACACUUACAUGGAGGACCUAUGGUAUCAUUUUCGGCCCAAGGACGGUUAUCCUCCUCGCGAGCCUCCUCCAUCUUGA